AUGGAUGGACCAGUAAAGGGGAGGCGAGACUCGGAUCCAGCGGCGUUCGGAGGAGGGAGCACGCUAGGAGAAGGGGGCCCUGGAGUUGAAGCCAUGGUCGUCACUGACAUAAACAACGGCACCUCGGUGCCAAAAAAGGAGCCCCAGAUGAAGAAGAAGAAGUCCCGCCCUUACGGCCUGCCGUCCCCGGCGCUCUGCUGUGCCUGUGGCUUGUGCGUCAUGCUGGCGGGACUCAACAUCACCUUAGUGGGAGCGUUCGCCUUCAGCUCACUGGUGCCUUCUGCCAACCCCCCCAUCAUCAUCGGGCCCGUCCUGCUGCUGGUGGCCUUCUCGUUUUUCGGGGCCUGCUGCGUGUGCAGCCGCCUCCCUCCUCCCCACAGCUCCCGGGGGUCCAAAGUGGGCGGCAGGGGAAUGGGACUGAUGGGGCACGGCGGUCUGCCCGGCGGAGCGGCGUUCGAAAUAGAGACCAGCGAGCACACGCUGCAGGACACCACGGCCGUGCAGCUGAGCCCCACGUCCUCCCCGGGGUCGUCCCGGGCCUCCAGCCCAGACAUAGAGGCUCCUGACGCCACCCUGCCAGGAACCUGCAAGGUUUUCACCAUGGAAGCCAAUGGGCCUUCGGGAGGUCCUUCGGGGGGUCCCUCGGGCGGUCCUGGAACGGCGGCCUACUCUUUCUCGCCAGCGGGUGAGGAGGUCAGACUCAACCUGCCACGUGACGAAGGGUCCACCUAGCAGGGUGGAAUCUCCUCUAAAGCCAGAGCUCUAGCAUUCCUCUGAGUCGAGUGCUCACGGGGAGCGAUUGUGUUCUCUUGUAUACCUAGUGCCAUAUGUGUGAUUGUGAAAAAAGUUGUCAAGAGUAUGGUUUUUUCCUAGCAUGCAAUGUUCAUAAAGCAUUCAAAAAUAUUUUUGGAUCGUAUAUUUUGGAAUUAAAGUCCCUACCUCUCAUGUGCUGUCCCCUUACAGGCCUGUUUUAAACUUAAGGCAUUAUACUUUUACGAUAUAGAAGCAUAGUGUCUGAAUCCAUAUACAUUUGUUAGUUUUUUCCGUUACUGUGGUUAGUGGCAAUUUCAGAGGGCUCGACUAAAAAGUUAGAUAAUUAAUUUAUUCUGAAAAGAUUACAUGUGAAAGGUCAGCUGUAGAUCUUGACGAGUGACAUUUGGCAUUUUGUGUGCCAUGCCCAUCGUUGAACUUGUUUUGGGGGCAUGAGAUUUUAUAGGUCACAGGGGUCCCAAAGCAAUAUUCUCUCAUCAGAGAUUAAAUUCUUGGCACAAGUCUGGAACAAUGCUAAGACCAAUACAUCUGUAGUGUAUCUACAUGCAGUCAUGUCCCAGGUUGCAUUUGGAUGCAAAAUCAUUUUAGUUUAAUGUAGCGUCUGUUAUCACACCAACAUUAACACUGUGAAAAUGAUGUUUCAUUCCACGCUCUUAACAGCCUCUUGGAGAUGUCCAAAGGUAGCUACAACGUAAAUCACAACUUUCACGCUUAUCGUAGCUUUUAACAACAAAACGUAAUGGAGUUUAAGCCGUGGCGAAUUUAAAGUCAUGCUUGAAUUUAAACUAGGGCUUUGGGGACAGAACACGUUUUACAAAUGUGAAGACAUUCAUUUCAUGGCAGACAUUUACCUCAGCUGCAUGAAAUUUGCCACACUUGAAAGCCAAGAAAUUUAACAGAGAUUAAAUAUUUAGAUUACAGUAAAAAAAAAAAAAAGUUCCCCAUCACUGUGAUGUACUUUUGUCGGGCAUAAGCCUGAAUGGUCACAGGAGACAUUCAGAUCUAAUCUCCUUUGAAAGCAUAGUUGCCUUUGACUGAAAUAUCAGGAUCAAUCUAAUGAGGGCUAUAAAACGGUGCACAACAGCAUCUUUCUUCAGAAAGUCUUUGUUUAGCUCAACGUUUCUAGAAGGGUCUCAACAAGUUUUUUUUUGUUUGUAUGUUGUUAAUGCAUGCAAAUGGAUUUAAUGUUAUAUCUCAAAAGUAGCAGCAGACAAAGGACUUUCAGCCACAUUUUCUCCUACACGGAAGUAGACCUGUCAGUUUCCUCUCAAGGCACAGGCCCUAGCCAAACAAAGAUCCUGAGUCAGAUUUUGCAUGUUCAGAUAAAAUAUUUAAUGCAAUGCAAACACCCCAUUGUGAAUCCUUGGUGUUAUCUGUGUGUAUUAAUUUGUGUAGCACCUACAGUAAGUGGAAUCUGAAAACAACAAUGUAAAUGUUUGAAAUUUUUGUGAGUUAAUGUAAAUCCUUAAAAACAAAACAAUAAAAAAGCUCUUUCUUUAAAAUA